AUGCCACCCGAAGAGAGAAGACUGAAAGAGCCUGAAAGCUACUUUGACAAGAACAAAAAUGAAAGAGAAGGUGAUGGCGAUGUGGACAACUCCCGACUUACCUCUUGCGGCAUUGGCGCCUGGCGCCCGGCCUGGCUCCAGAAGUUCGCCAGUCCUGUCUACUUCAUGUGGGUCAUGGGCAUGGUGGGCAUUAUUCAGGGAAUGACCGGGCCGGUUUUCUACGGCUGCAGCUCGACGCUGGAGAAGCGCUUCGGCUACGACUCAAAGCUGACCGGCCUAAUUAUGAUCAUGGACAACUUUGCGGAGAUUGCGUUGAAUCCUUUCGUUGGCUACCUGGCGAUUCGCUUCAACCGAGCUCGGCUGAUCGCCUUUGGUGAGGUGAUUCUCGCCUGCUCCUGUUUCAUGACCGCCGCGCCCUACUUCAUCUACGGACCGGCGACCCAUCUGCUCAGCUCUUCAGAGCAGCAGUCCCUGUCAAGCCAGCUGAGGAACUCCAGCUCGGCCCACCUUUCGAUGUGCUCCCCGGACGCGGAGCCGGAAGAGUGUAAGGGCUCGGGAGGCACUUUUGCCGGGAGUUUAGGUGCUGAAGCCAGCUCAACAAGUGCCACCAUAUGGCCCGCGGUCGGCUUUCUUCUCUUUGGAAGUUUUAUGCGAGGCCUAGGCUACACUUGCUACAUUGUCAUUGGUCUGCCCUAUCUGGAUGAUAACUCAAAAAAGAAGAACACUCCAAUGUACAUUAGCAUCAUGAGCUCGCUUCGGUUGAUCGGCCCGGCCAGCGGCUUUAUGUUGGCCUCUUUUUCGCUCCGCUUCUACGAGAAUCCGUUUAUUGAUCCGGGCAUCCCACGAACUGACCCCCGUUUCAUUGGCGCCUGGUGGAUUAGCUUUAUUGUGGUUGGAGCGCUGCUCCUCGUGGCCACUCUGCCGAUGUUCCUCUUUCCGGCGCAGUUUAAAACUGCUUCAGUUCAGGCCAAAGAGGUGCAGCGGAAAAUCAAAGAAGGAGGAGGAAGCCUGGGCGCCUUCAAGCGCAUCGUCACCAAUCCGCUGGUGAUGUGCUGUCUCUUCGCCAACUCCUUCCGCCUCUUCGGCAUCUUUGGCUACAUUGUCUACAAGUCGAA